AACGAAAGUGAAACUGAGCCUCCAUUUCGUGACAACACAGUUGAACAUUUCUACUAUGACGCAUCUACAGAAUAGUAUUGUGUAGGGUCAAGAGAUCCCAGGAAAACGAGUGUGUUUGCCUAAAAUGAGUUUGUGUGAUAAAGAAGACCAUGGCUCUACACCUCAGAGCUCCACCCAGCGGAAGAGAUCACACUCUCCUGUACCGAGUUGUGGGUCCAUGAAGAGUGACAAGUCCAUGGAUCCACCACUCUCCUUUGGAGGAGGAGUGAAUGUAGUACCACCAGGUUACCACUCCACCAAGCAGAAGAGAUCACACUCUCCUGUACCGAGUUGUGUGUCCAUGAAGAGUGACAAGUCCAUGGAUCCACCACUCUUCUUUGGAGGAGGUGGUGUGAAUGUAGUACCACCAGGUUACCAAGUAAGAUCUGCUCCUGAGGAGGGGGGUGCUGCCUCUAACACCAGUCUCUCUGAGGAACAACACACCAGUCAUGGAGCUACCAGAGUAAGAUCUGCUCCUGAGGAGGGGGGUGCUGCCUCUAACACCAGUCUCUCUGAGGAACAACACACCAGUCAUGGAGCUACCAGAUAUCAGCAGAUCCACAAAUCCCACCUGCAGAAGAAGUUUCAGUGUCUGAUUGAGGGAAUCCCACAGCAGGGAGACACCAGACUCCUCCUUGAGAUCUACACAGACCUCUACAUCACAGAGGGGGGAAGAGGAGAGGUCAACUAUGAACAUGAGGUCAGACAGAUAGAGAGGGCAUCCUGGAGAGAAGCAGCACGAGGCAGUGACCUCUUUGGACAAGUUUGUAAUGAUUCUGAUGAGGAGUCACAUGAUUCUAAUGUGGAAUCACAUGAUUCUAAUGAGGAAUCAAAUGAUUCUGAUGAGGAAUCACAUGAUUCUGAUGAGGAGUCACAUGAUUCUGAUGAGGAGUCACAUGAUUCUGAUGAGGAGUCACAUGACUCUGAUGGAUGGGUCAAUGAUGAACAUGAGGUCAGACAGAUAGAGAGGGCAUCCUGGAGAGAAGCAGCACGAGGCAGUGACCUCUUUGGACAAGUUUGUAAUGAUUCUGAUGAGGAGUCACAUGAUUCUAAUGUGGAAUCACAUGAUUCUAAUGAGGAAUCAAAUGAUUCUGAUGAGGAAUCACAUGAUUCUGAUGAGGAGUCACAUGAUUCUGAUGAGGAGUCACAUGAUUCUGAUGAGGAGUCACAUGACUCUGAUGGAUGGGUCAAUGAUGAACAUGAGGUCAGACAGAUAGAGAGGGCAUCCUGGAGAGAAGCAGCACAAGGCAGACCCAUCAAAUGCAGUGACAUCUUUGAACGCUUACUAGAAGAGGAAAGACACAGAAAGAAACGCUUCCUGGAAGAGGAGAGAUGCAGAAAAAAUGAGGCAAAAAAGAAGGGCACAGUCUUUGAGCCCAGACAAUACAAACCCCUCAGAACUGUGCUGACAAAGGGAGUGGCUGGCAUUGGAAAAACAGUCUCAGUGCAGAAGUUUAUUCUGGAUUGGAUUGAAGGAACAGCCAAUCAGGAUGUCCACUUCAUAUUUCUUCUUCCUUUCCGGGAGCUGAACUUGAUGAAGGAGAAGAAACUCAGUCUGGUGGGUCUUCUUCAGCACUUUUUCCCAGAAAUCAAAGAUCCCAAAGUCGUCUCCAGUUCAGAGCACAGAGUCAUGUUCAUCUUUGAUGGUCUAGAUGAGUGUCGACUUCCUCUAGAUUUCCACUCCAACCCAACCUGUUGUGAUGUGACAGAGCCAGCCUCAGUGGACGUGCUGCUGACAAACCUCAUCAAGGGGAAUCUACUUCCCUCUGCUCUCCUCUGGAUCACCACCCGACCAGCAGCAGCCAAUCAGAUCCCUCCUGAGUGUGUGCACCAGGUGACAGAAAUAAGGGGAUUCAAUGACCCACAGAAAGAGGAGUACUUCAAGAAGAAAAUCAUUGAUGAGAACCUGGCCAGCAGAACCAUCAUACACCUGAAGUCAUCCAGGAGUCUCUACAUCAUGUGCCAUAUUCCAGUCUUCUGCUGGAUUUCAGCUACUGUUGUCGAGAAAACAUCAAAAGAAUCAGACAAAGUAGAAAUGCCAAGGACUCUGACUCAAAUGUACACACACUUCCUGGUCAUUCAGACAGGCAUAACAAAUGUCAAGUACACAGAGAGAAAAGAGACGGAUGAAGAGGUGAUUUCCAAACUGGGGAAACUGGCUUUCCAACAGCUGGAGAAAGGCAAUCUGAUCUUCUAUGAGGAAGAUUUGAGAGGGUGUGGCAUUGAUGUCACAGAAGCAUCAGUGUACUCAGGAGUGUGUACUCAGAUCUUCAGAGAGGAGGCUGGGCUGUACCAGGGGAAGGUAUUCAGCUUUGUGCAUCUGAGCAUCCAGGAGUUUCUCGCAGCUCUGUAUGUGUUCCUCUGCUUCAGCAACAGACAGAGAAACAAGCCUGACCAACAGCAAACCUCUCAGCUCUCUGCUCUGUUCACAGCUACAACAUGUCAUGGCCUACACAAGACUGCAGUGGACCUGGCCUUACAGAGUAAGAAUGGACACCUGGACCUUUUCCUCCGCUUCCUUCUGGGCCUCUCACUGGAGUCCAACCAGAAUCUCUUAAAACACCUACUACCACAGAACAGUAGCCAAUCAUAUAGCUCAGAGCAAACAGUCCAGUAUGUCAAACAGAAGAUCAGAGAUCAGAGGAGCUCAGACAGAAGGAUCAACCUGUUCUACUGUCUGAAUGAGCUGAAUCACCAUGCUGUAGUGGAGCACAAAAUGGGCUCAGAAGAGCUGCAUGUAGAGACACUCUUACCAGGACAGUGGGAGACUAAGAUAUGGAAGAGGUUUAAGAUGUCAGAAGAGCAGCUGGCUGAGUUUGACCUGCAGAAGUACAUAAAGACACCAGAGGAAGAUCAGACUGAACUCCUCAGUCCAGAGGAAGUUCUUCAAAAGGUGCUGCCAGGAGUCACAUCAGCUAUGCUGCAUAGCUGUAAUCUGAGUGAUAAGAGCUGUUCCUAUCUGGCCUCUGCACUGAAGACAUCACACUCAUCAAAUCUCAGAGUGCUGAACCUGAGUGACAAUAAGCUGCUGGACUCAGGAGUGGAACUUUUAUGUUCUGCUCUUUGUCAUCACAACUGCAAACUGGAGGAACUACGGCUGUGUAACUGUAAUCUGAGUGAUAAGAGCUGUUCCUAUCUGGCCUCUGCACUGAAGACAUCACACUCAUCAAAUCUCAGAGUGCUGCACCUGAGUAACAAUAAGCUGCUGGACUCAGGAGUGGAACUUUUAUGUUCUGCUCUUUGUCAUCACAACUGCAAACUGGAGGAACUACAGCUGUGUAACUGUAAUCUGAGUGAUAAGAGCUGUUCCUAUCUGGCCUCUGCACUGAAGACAUCACACUCAUCAAAUCUCAGAGUGCUGGACCUGGGUUUCAAUAAGCUGCUGGACUCAGGAGUGGAACUUUUAUGUUCUGCUCUUUGUCAUCACAACUGCAAACUGGAGGAACUACAGCUGUGGAGCUGUGAUCUGAGCGAUAAGAGCUGUUCCUAUCUGGCCUCUGCACUGAAGACAUCACACUCAUCAAAUCUCAGAGUGCUGAACCUGAGUGACAAUAAGCUGCUGGACUCAGGAGUGGAACUUUUAUGUUCUGCUCUUUGUCAUCACAACUGCAAACUGGAGGUACUACGGCUGAAGUGGUGUGAUCUGAGCGAUAAGAGCUGUUCCUAUCUGGCCUCUGCUCUUAAGUCUCCCUCCUCAAAUCUCACACAGCUGAGCCUGAUUGGUAAUUACCAGAUGAGUGCAUCAGCUGUAGAGCCGCUCUGUGCUCUAGUGAAGGACCCACACUGUAAACUGGAGUAUCUACAAACUGAUCUUGGAACAGUGAAGUUCAAGUGAAGUGUUGAGCCACGACCCUGAGCUGGAUGGGGUCUGGAUGGGGUCUGUGGGGCAGGAACUCAUGACAUGAGGAUGUGAUCCAACACACACACACACACACACACACACACACACACACACACACACACACACACACACACACACACACACACACACACACACACACACACACACACACACAC